AUGUCUCUCUCCGGCAAAGUCAUCUUGAUCACGGGCGCCUCCCGGGGCAUCGGCCGCGCGAUAGCCGAGCGGGUGGCCGCCGAGGGCGCCUCCGUGGUGGUCAACUACAACUCGAGCAGCAAGGCCGCCGACGAGGUCGUGUCCAAGAUCGGCGCCGACCGCGCCCUGGCCGUGCAGGCGGACGCCUCCAAGAUCAGCGAGAUCGAGAAGCUGGUCGACGCGGCAGUAGCAAAGUUCGGCAAGAUCGAUGUUGUGAUUCCAAAUGCCGCCAUCCAGGACAUGCUCGACCUCGCACAUGUCACCGAGGCCGACUACGACCGGCACUUCAACCUGAACGUCAAGGGCGCCCUCUUCCUGGUCCAAAGGGCGGUCCCGCACAUGCCGGCCCCCUCGGGCUCCGGCGGGGGCGGCCGCGUCAUCUUCUUGUCGACGGGCGUGUGCACCUUCUCGCUCGUGUCGCCCGGCUACCUGCUGUACGCGGCGACCAAGGGCGCCGUAGACCAGAUGGUGCGCGUGCUGGCCAAGGACCUGGCGCCCCGCGGCAUCACCGUCAACGCCGUGGCCCCCGGCCCCACGGCGACCGACAUGUUUCUCGCGCCCAAGACCGAGCAGCAGCUGGACGCGCUGCGGAAGCAGAACCCCUUUGGGCGGUUUGGCGAGCCGGAUGAGAUUGCAAGCGUCGUGGCGUUUGUUGCUGGGGAGGGGAGCAAGUGGGUGUCGGGGCAGACUAUCAGGGUCAAUGGGGCGCAUAUGGUGUAG